GAAAUGACGGAGCGGAACGCGGUCGCGGAGUAGUGACGUCACACUGGCGCUGAGGGGGGCGGAAAAUGGCUGCCUCGGCUUGGAUGCAUGGCGCCGCUGCAAUGAGACUCACCGAGGGUUUGGUGUCGGUGCUGAAGGAGCAGCGUCCGGAGUUCCUGUCCGAAGCCUUAGAGAACUACAGAGAACAUGGCGUCUUCUCCUCACAGGGCUCCGGGGACGCCGCGGGGCUCGUGGGCUUCAGCAACGCCAAACUGAGCUCCAGUAAAACCAGGUUCGAGGGGCUGUGCCUGCUCUCCAUGCUGGUGAAGGACAGCUCCAGUGAGCUGUUCCAGCAGCACUGCCUCUCCUGGCUGCGCUCCCUGCAGCAGGUCAUCCAGUCUCAGGCUCCCACUCAGACCAUCCAGCUGGCUGUAAAUAUCCUGAAAGACCUGCUGCAGUACUCCAGUCAGAUAGCAGAGCUGGCCAGGGAGGUCGGCCUCAACUCCAUCCUGGGGAUCCUGACCUCGCUUCUGGGCCUGAAGUCGGAGUGUGAGCUGGCCGCCAUGGAGGGGAUGAAGGCCUGCAUGAUCUACUACCCCAGAGCCUGCGGCUCCCUGAAGGACAAACUAGGAGCGUAUUUCCUCUCUAAGAUGGACAGCGCUAACAGGAAAACGCAGGAGACGGCCUGCCAGGGUUACGGCCGCCUGCCCUGCCUGGGGGGCCUGGCGGACAGGUCGGUGGGGACAGGCAGAGCCGAAGGCUGGACCAAUCAGAUUCAAUGUCUGCUGGCGUCUGGGAACGGCCUCCUGGCUCAGCUCUACCAAGGCUCGGAAACAGAUGAUGCUGUUCAGUAUGGAGGUCCAGGCGUGGAGAUUCGCUUCCCUCAUCUGGAUCAGACGGAUCCGCUGCUCCUUCUGCAGCUCCGCCACAGAUAUGCGGCUGUCUGCCUGGCCAUUAAACACACGCUCAGAGUGGAUCCUGCCUCAGCUGUUCAUCUACCCGUCAGACCCAUCCUCAACCUGGUGUGCCGAGGACUCGCCGUCAACGCCAAGAGCAUAAGUCUGACGGCGGAUGGAAGUCUGAGGCUCCUGGUUCUUCCUGGCGUUCAUAUCAGCACCUUGGAGGUCCUGGCAGAGCUGAUCACUGUGGUCCGUAGCGGGAUGAUGCAGUACGCCGCUGUGAUCCAGAGGCUGUUUUCUCAGACCCUGUCUGCGUGGACGUCUCCUCCUGAAUCCAGCGUGGGGCAGCAGAGAGCCUUCAGCUCAGUGAGGGUCUCCGUCUACAGAACCUUAGAGCUGUGGGUCCAAGUGGUCGGAGCGUCGGCUCACGUCCUCCAAGGGGCCACCAGCCACGCCGAGCUGCUCUUCAACCAGCUGCUGGGCGACAUCAUGCCUGGGGCUGAAUCCAUCAAGCUGCGGGCCGGUCUGUCUGCCGACGUGGUUCCUGGGGGGAAACCUGGGCCUCGGAGAACCAAGCAGCUGGUCAUGGCCGACGCGGCGGGUCCGUCGCUCCAAAGGAAGGGAGACCCUCUGUCCAACCAGGACACCUGCCUGUCGGCCCUGAAAGUCCUGAGGCGCAUCAUUCAGACCAGCGGGACGCUCCUAAAGGACGACAUACACAAGCGCCUCCAUGAGGUGGUGCUGCCGCUGUGCGUCCGCCUCCAGCAGCAGCAGUCUGGGAGCAUGGCGGCGUCUGAAUCAGUGGGAGGCAUCAGCGGCCAGUACAGCAGCGCUCUGACCCGACGUGAACUCUACAGGUUACUGCUGGCCUUGGUUCUGGUCCCGUCUCCAUCCUGGCCUCCGCCUCUGACCUGCGCCGUGUCCAUCCUCAGCAACGGCCGCGUCGACCGCAACCUCAAAGUCUCCUCCUUCUGCAGCGAAGCUCUGACCGUCUGUAACUCCCUCCUUCAUCCCCGCGCUCCGUCCAUAGCCCUGCCGCUGCCCCCGCUGGCCCUGAAACCGGCCCCCACUCCCUCUGUCCUCUCCUGUCAGGGCCCCGCCCCUAGGCUUGCGCUGCCUACCCUCCUCGGAGGCCCCGCCCCCGGCCCACCCUUCUCCGCCCGUCACCCGCUCAGCAUGGCCCCCAAUUCCCUGCUGGGCUCCUUGGAGAACCACCUGGGUCUGGUUCCGGGGCUGCCGGGCCAGGGUUCCGGUCCGGGGGACCUGCUGCUGUCCCCCCACUCGCACUCCCAGACGGACCCUGCUGGGCUGGGGCCCCCGGAGGGCCAGAGGCCCGUGUUCGUCCGCUACGACAAAGAGGAAGCCGAAGACGUGGAGAUCUCUCUGGAGAGCGACUCUGACGACAGCGUGGUCAUCGUCCCCCCCGGGAUGCUCGCUGCCGACAACCCGCCGGACGACCCGGCCGCCAACCCCCAGAGCGUCCUGUCCUCUGCGCCGGGCGGCGCCAUUCCUGCGGGGGAGACGGUCACCUUGGCGACCGCCGCCUCGGCGCAGACGGCUUUAGAUGUGACGUCGCUGCCCGACGAUCUGGUGACCUCCUCCGCGCUCCUCGCCACCUCCAGCGCUCCCAUAAACUCCUUCCCCCCCUCCAGCGGCUCGGUGGUGUCGCUGGUUUCCUCGCUGAGCGCUGCUGCUCCCGCCGGCGGCCAGGCAGACUCAAUGGCGGCCAAACCUCAGCUCCAGCAGAUGCUGAUGCAGCCGUCCUCGGCGGCGGCGCCCGGCCCGAUGGCUUUGCCGCUCCAGAUGCACCAGCUGCAGAACCAGCUGGCCCAGCAGGGGCGCCACCUCCACCAGCAUCCCCCCGCACCUGCCGCCAACGAAGAGUCGGCCGUCAUUAACAUCAACAGCACCGAUGAUGAGGAGGAAGACGAAGAGGACAUGGAGGACGACGAAGAUCUGGAGGAAGAGGAGGAGGACGGCAUCGACGAGGAAGACGAAGAGGAGGAGGGCAGCGAAGAGUUCUACGAGGGGGAGGAGUUUGAGGAAUUUGACGAGGAGGAGGCUGAAGAGCUGGAGGAGGAUGAGGAGGAUGAAGAUGGAGACAUGCCGCCUCUGGAGGGAUCGGAGGACAAGUCUGAGGAGGUGGUCAUGGAGGAAGAGGAGGAGAAGGUGCUGCCAGCAGAGGAGGAGGAAGGAGAGGGCGGCGUGGAGGAGCUGCAGAGCAGCAGAGCUCUGAUGACCAAGGAGAGGCUGAAGGUCCAGGAGGUGGAGAGCAUCGGCGUCCUGGAGGAGGCCAGGGACGACGAUGACAGCGAGCGGAUGGACGACCCCACCAUGCCACAGAUCCUCUGCGUCACUGGCGGGGCGCCGGAGGAGGGAGGCGACGGCGGCCGAGAGGCGGCGGAGGCGGUGGGAGAACUUCAAGAGAAGAUGGAGCUGUGGGAUCGAAGCAUCGAAGACAACGAGCCGGCGGGCGGGCAGAGCCAGCAGGAGCCUGUGACUGAAAGCUCUGAGAAAGAAGAGCCGCCGCCGCCGCUGCUGCUAGAGGAGCAGCCACCGAUGGCGGAAGGUGAGGGCGUGGCCUCAGCAGGAGGAACAGGAGAUCAGGAAGACGCCGCCGCCGCUCCGAGCGUUCCAGAACCAGAGAAAACGGAAGCCGAGCAGGGAGACGGGAAGGAAGAAGAACUGACCAAGCCUGAAGAGGGAGGAGGAGGAGAGGAAGGAGGAAAAGAACAAGAGGAGGAAAGUAAUGAGGAGGAGAAAGGGACGAAGAGGAAGAGGGAGGACGAGAACAUGGAGGAGGAAACGGGUCAGAGUCCUGAGAAGAAAAAGCAGGAAGAUGAAGCCAUGGCCUCCAUGUUGGCAGAUUUCGUGGCGUGUCCUCCUGACGAUGAUGACGGCGGCGCCGCCGCCUCUGGAUCCAAGAAUCCUUAAACACUCUGAAUUUAUCAUCUUGAACAUUUCCGAUGUUUCCUCAGAAGAAUAUUCCUCCUCUGCAGCUUCCAGCUGCUUUUACUGAUGGUGGAAACGGCUUCAUCCUGUUGGUUCCUGGAAACAUGGAGGCUUCCUGUUGCCAUCCUGGAUCCCAUCAGAACCGUUUUUCUGUUUAGUCGUCAUUCAGGUUUCAUUGGUUUCUACGAUGUUUGUUUUCUUUUUGUUUUUCCAUUCUAAUCUGUUGUCUAAUAUUGAAAAAUAAAAUAUUAC